AUGACAGACCACUUCUUUGAGGGUGCAGAAAAAUUAUUAGAAAUCUGGUUCGGUACAAGUAGUGAAAAUAAAUUAACAGCAAGAAAUGAUCUAAGACACAUACCACGCGAUGUUUUCGAAGACGUAUUAAAUCUGGUUAAUUGCAAAGUAUUAAAAUACGCGCAAUCAAAAGACAUUGAUACAUAUGUACUUAGUGAGAGUAGUGCAUUCGUGUUCAAAACUCAUAUUAUUUUAAAAACCUGUGGAGCAACAACUCUUCUAGCUGCUGUUCAACCGUUAAUAAGUUUGGCUCAUGAAUAUGCUGGUUUUGAUACAGUUGAUCAAAUAUUUUAUAGUCGACGAAAAUUUUUACGGCCCGAUCUUCAAAAAGAUCCACAUACAAAUUUUGAACAUGAAGUUUCGUAUCUUAAUUCUCUAUGUGGAGAAGGUUGCUCCUAUGUCUUAGGUCGUACAAAUCUUGAUUGCUGGUAUUUGUAUACUCUUGAUAAAUCUUGCGGGAGUAAGAGGUCAGAUCAAACAUUAGAAGUAAUAAUGACGGAUCUUGAUCCAGAAAUUAUGAAAAUAUUUUAUCAAGAUAAUACAACUUCAGCAGCCGAUGCCACGGAGAAAGCCGGGAUUGAUAAAAUAUUUCCAGAUGCUAAAAUAUAUGAUUAUUUAUUUGAACCAUGUGGCUAUUCGAUGAACGGUCUGAUGUCGGAUGAUCAUUAUUUUACCAUUCAUGUAACACCAGAACCAGAUUUCUCCUAUGUUAGCUUUGAAACAAAUGUACCAUAUUCGUUGUUCGAUGGUCUAAUUCGAAAAGUAGUCGAACUAUUUAAUCCUGGUAAAUUUGUGACAACAAUUUUUCGUUCUUCGACUUUAAAUAGUUUGGAUACAAAUCGUAAAUAUUUUCAUUAUACCAAUUAUAGCCGUGUUGAUCAUCACAUUAUCUGUUUAACCGAUCAUGAUCUUCUGUAUAGCUAUUAUAAAAAAACCUUGCGCUAG